GUUUGAAGCCGCUGCUGCCCGAGCUGUGUCCGCCCAGCCCCGGGUCUUCCUCUGCAUAGUUGCGAGGAAGUUUUGGAGCAUCGGUCAUAGCCUGAGAGUGAAUUGGACUCCUUGGGGAAUGAGGAAUUAUUUUUGAUAGAAACAUUUGAAAAGAAAACUGAGUACCAUGGCCUCAGCAGUUCUUAGUUCUGUUCCCACUACGGCCUCUCGUUUUGCCCUCUUACAAAUUGAUAGUGGAAGUGGUUCUGAUUCUGAGCCUGGAAAAGGCAAAGGUCGGAAUACUGGAAAGUCUCAAACUGUGGGAAGCAAAUCAACGACAAAUGAGAAAAAAAGAGAGAAAAGAAGAAAAAAGAAAGAACAACAGCAGAGUGAAGCAAAUGAGCUUAGGAAUCUUGCUUUUAAGAAGAUUCCCCAGAAAUCUUCCCAUGCCUUUUGCCAUGCUCAACAAGACCAUAUGUCGUCAAACCCUGUGCAGAAGGAUUCACGAGAAGAAAACUGGCAAGAGUGGAGACAGAGAGAUGAACAGCUGACAUCUGAAAUGUUUGAAGCUGAUCUUGAGAAAGCAUUGUUGCUAAGUAAAUUAGAAUAUGAAGAGCACAAAAAGGAGUUUGAAAGCACUGAAAAUGCUUCGACUCAGUCAAAGGUUAUACAUAAAAAAGAAAAAAGAAAGAAUCAUCAAGGAAGAGACAAACCUCUUACAGUGUCAUUAAAGGAUUUCCAAUCUGAGGAUCACAUUAGUAAGAAGAGUGAGGAAUUGAGUUCUCAGACUUUACCACAUGAUGGUGGAUUCUUCAAUAGACUGGAAGAUGAUGUUCAUAAAAUUCUAAUUCGAGAAAAAAGAAGAGAACAGCUUACAGAAUAUAAUGGAACAGAUAACUGUGCAGCUCUUGAACACAAGGAAGUGGUUCUUAAAGAUGGAAGAAUUGAAAGACUAAAGUUGGAACUUGAAAGGAAAGAUGCUGAAAUCCAGAAGCUAAAAAAUGUGAUCACUCAGUGGGAGGCAAAGUAUAAAGAAGUAAAAGCAAGAAAUGCACAGUUAUUGAAAAUGCUUCAAGAAGGUGAAAUGAAAGAUAAAGCUGAAAUACUUUUGCAAGUUGAUGAAUCACAAAGUAUCAAGAAUGAGCUAACUAUACAGGUGACUUCACUUCAUGCUGCAUUAGAGCAAGAAAGAUCUAAAGUGAAAGUAUUACAAGCAGAAUUAGCCAAAUACCAGGGUGGCAGAAAAGGAAAAAGAAACUCUGAAUCUGACCAGUGUAGGUGAUUACACAGCCUUUGAAGUCAACCCCAAAAUUAAACUUUCAGGGUUUUUCAAAAAUGUAGAUAUUUAAUGUUGUGUAACUGCUAAACAGUGCGGUUUUGUUGAAGGAACAACAAGCCUACUAGCUAAUAGUCUAUAAUUUUAUGUUUUUGGCUUAAAAGUGAAAAGGAAAAAAUGUAGAAUUCCAGUAGAACUUAAUGAUUAUUGAUUAUUGUUUACUAUACAUACUUCUUAUCACUUUAGUUUUUCAUCGUUCAAUAAAAUUACUUUACUAUUCCUCCAA